AUGACUUUCGAUACUACUAAAGCAACUUCUUAUUUAAGUGAAUAUAAAUCCAAAGAUGGUUUAGAUAUUAAAACCUUGAUUGAUUCAUCAAAUUUUGGUGGUUUAACUUAUAAUGAUUUCUUAAUCUUACCAGGAUUAAUUGAUUUCCCAUCAACUGCUGUUUCAUUAGAAACUAAAUUAACUAAAAAAAUCACCUUAAAAUCACCAUUUUUAUCAUCUCCUAUGGAUACUGUUACUGAAGAAAAUAUGGCUAUUCAUAUGGCUUUAUUAGGAGGUAUCGGUAUUAUUCAUCAUAAUUGUACUGCUGAAGAACAAGCUGAAAUGGUUAAAAAAGUUAAGAAAUACGAAAAUGGUUUCAUUAAUGAUCCUGUCGUUGUUGGUCCUGAUUACACUGUUGGGGAAGUUAAAAAAAUGAAAUCUGUUUUAGGUUUCACUUCAUUCCCUGUUACUGAAAAUGGUAAAGUUGGAGGUAAAUUAUUAGGUAUGAUUACUGCUAGAGAUGUUCAAUUCCAUGAAGAUGAUUCUAGUAAAGUUGAAGAAAUCAUGACUAAAGAUUUAAUUACUGGUAAAGUUGGUAUUGAUUUAACUGAAGGUAACUUAUUAUUAAGAAAAUCAAAGAAAGGUAAAUUACCAAUUAUUGAUAAUGAAGGUAACUUAGUUUCAUUAAUUUCAUUAACUGAUUUACAAAAAAAUUUAAGUUAUCCAUUAGCUUCUAAAUCUUUUGAUUCUAAACAAUUAUUAUGUGGUGCUGCUAUUGGUACUAUGGAAGCUGAUAAAGAAAGAUUAAGUAAAUUAGUUGAAGCUGGUUUAGAUGUUGUUGUUAUUGAUUCAUCAAACGGUUCAUCAACUUUCCAAAUUAAUAUGUUAAAAUGGAUUAAAUCAACUUAUCCAGAUUUACAAGUUAUUGCUGGUAAUGUUGUUACUAGAGAACAAGCUGCUUUAUUAAUUGAAAGUGGUGCUGAUGCUUUAAGAAUUGGUAUGGGUUCAGGAUCUAUCUGUAUUACUCAAGAAGUUAUGGCUUGUGGUAGACCUCAAGGUACUGCUGUUUAUGCUGUCACUGAAUUUGCUAAUAAAUUUGGUGUUCCAUGUAUCGCUGAUGGUGGUAUUGGUAAUAUUGGUCAUAUCUCAAAAGCUUUAGCUUUAGGAGCUUCUUGUGUUAUGAUGGGUGGUUUAUUAGCUGGUACUUCCGAAACUCCAGGUGAAUAUUUCUACCGUGAUGGUCAAAGAUUGAAAACUUAUAGAGGUAUGGGUUCAGUUGAUGCUAUGCAACAAACUAAAAGUAAUGCUAAUGCUUCAACUUCAAGAUAUUUCUCUGAAUCUGAUAAAGUUUUCGUUGCUCAAGGUGUUUCUGGUUCAGUCAUGGAUAAAGGUUCAAUUACUAAAUUCAUUCCUUACUUAUACAAUGGUUUACAACAUUCUUUACAAGAUAUUGGUAUUAAAUCAUUAACUGAAUUAAGAACUAAAGUUAACGGUGGUGAUGUUAGAUUUGAAUUUAGAACUGCUUCUGCCCAAUUAGAAGGUGGUGUCCAUGGUUUAUUAUCAUACGAAAAGAAAUUACACAAUUAA